AUGUCAACCUAUGGAUACUCUUCUGUGGCCGAACGUGAUUCGACAGGAUUGGCGCCGCGCACCCUCGGGCUUCAACAACAACAACAACAACAACAACAACAACAACAACAACAACAACAACAACAACAACAACAACAACAACAACAACAACAACAACAACAACAACAACAACAACAACAACAACAACAACAACAACAACAACAACAACAACAACAACAACAACAACAACAACAACAACAACAACAACAACAACAACAACAACAACAACAACAACAACAACAACAACAACACCAAAAAAAAAAAAAACUCGGGCCUUUGAGACGCUGCCAGUUCCGUCGAUUUGAGCCGGACGGCCAGAAGCUGUAUUUUGACCGGAGGCAGCGUUGGCAACGCCGAGUCCUGGACGAGUCGUCAUCGCAAUUUUUGCUGUCUGCAGAUGGCCACGAGACGCAGACACGCACAACACACACGCAUGCACACUUGGGACGACAUCAUGCCGGCAUGAUGUCGACUCUCCCUGCCGUCGGUCCUUUUGGCGUCCCGAUCUAUCUGGCCUCCAAGUCGGUGUGA